ACUAGUAGAACAAUUAUUGAAGACGACGAUCACUUCGCGGGGCAUCAUACACAUACUCGUACCCUGUCAAAUAGCCCAUCAAUUAGUGCCCUUAAUCUUUCUACGAAUGAGAACAUUGAUACCGAAAAUAUGACGUAUGAGGAAUUGAAUGAGUUAGAAGACUCCAUGGGAGAUGUAGAUAGAGGUUUAUCGCAAAGCAGGAUUUCCAAAUUACCGACUCAUAAAUAUGGUGAGGAAACCAAAACUUGGUGGUGGCAAACUAAGAAAAAUAAGUUCACCACAACUCAGUGUUCGAUAUGUCUAGUCAACUAUGUGAUGGGUGAUCAAUUAACAACAUUGCCAUGCAAACAUAUAUACCACCAGGAUUGCAUUUCUCAAUGGUUGAAAAAAGACAAG